GAAAAGACUUAAAACUUGAUGAUUUUGACUUUGGAAUUCUUCAUAGCCAAGAUGUUGAUGGCUCCGUCUUUGUUGAACGAACUUACGAUCAACUUGUCAAUCAUCCUUUUGGGAUUACUGGUGAAAAAGCUACGAAACUCGCAAAGGUGAUUAAGGAGAUAAAUAGUCAAAGUUCAUCAAGAGAACCAACCGGCCUGGUGCAUAUCUUUAUUGACAAUUCCAACGCGGAAAUUGAGGGAAAGAAGAUGGUCAGUACCUUUAAGAAUGUUUUUGAGGAUCAGCUCUGUAUAGACUACGGACGACUUCUUAGAAUAUGGAAAGAAAUUGAAUAUCUUGGAUUUCGGGUAGAAGUCUACGAUGGAAGUGUUAUAGAUCAUAAAGAGAAAGAUGUUGAUAGUGAACUAGGGUUUCCACCCGGAAAAAUUGUAUUAGUUGCUGGUGACGGGGAUUACGGUCCUAUGUUGAGACGAGCUUUGUUGAGAAACUGGACCGUUGAGAUCUGGUUUUGGACUAAAGGUAAUGAAAUAUCGCGACUAUGGAUUAUUAAAUUUGCUGUACUCAAAGUGACCUACCCUUUAGGAAUGUCUUAUCGAUAUAAAUGUACCUCAUCGCCCUGA